AUGUUUUAAAGAACCGGCACUUCACCGUCACUUUCCGGAAAAAGAAAAUGUCCGGUAGAAACCGUGGACAGCCUCCUCUUUCAAUGAAAGGCAUUCCACCACACGGCGGCAUCCACGAACCACAACGCUUCGGCAGAGGCCUUGGACCUUUGCCGCCACCAGCGCCGCCGCCGCACCCAUCCUUACUGGAAGAAUCCCAAUACGGAUUAGAUCAUCAUCAUCACGCCAGACGCCUCCCUCCUCCUACUCCUCCGCACCACCGCCACCAUCACCCGGCAAUGAUCGAGGAGCGUCUCGCCGUCCAACACCAGGACAUUCAAGGUUUAUUAGCCGAUAAUCAGCGAUUCGCCGCAACUCACGUGGCCCUUAAGCAGGAAUUAGAGGCUUCACAUUACGAGUUAGAACGGAUGGCUCACUUUGCGGACUCUUUGCGAGUGGAUAAAGAUACCCAGAUGAGGGAAUUGCAUGAGAAAUAUGUAAAGUUGGAGACUGAUCUUCGGGAGGCGGAUGCUAUGCGGGGCGAGCUCCAUCUUGUUCGGUCUGAUGUUAAGGAGCUUAAUGGUGUGAAGCAAGAACUUACGGGUCGUGUACAAGCUAUGACUCAAGAUUUGGCUCGGCGUAACGCUGAUUUGCAGCAAGUUCCGGCUUUGAAAGGGGAGAUUGAAAACAUGAAGCAAGAAUUGAACCGGGCUCAAGCUGCGAUUGAGUAUGAGAAGAAAGGGUAUGCGGAGAGUUAUGAACAUGGUCAGGUUAUGCAGGAGAAAUUGGUAGCUAUGGCUAAGGAGUUGGAGAAGCUUCGGGCAGAGAUGGCUAAUGCGGAGAAGAGAGCUCCUGCUGUUUCUGUGGGAAAUCCAGCAGUUGCAGCUUAUAAUGCAAAUUAUGGAAAUCCUGAAGCUGGUUACGCAGGGAAUCCCUAUCCUGUUGGCUAUGGCAUGUAUCCUGUGCAAGCAAAUGCUGAAAGCUAUCCGCAGUAUGGAGUAGGACCUGGUUCUUGGGGUGCAUAUGAUAUACAGCGAGCUCAAGGACACAGAUAGACAAAAACUCAAGUAUGUAAUAUGCAUGUCAAGUGCUGCAACUUACCGAUUCUUGUUAAUCAUACUUUUGUUUAGGGAGACCUUUCAUUCUUCACAGUAAUGUAAUUGUGUUCGAAUAUAAUGAUAGUUAUAGUUCAUAGUUUGAACAUAUUCUUAUUGUUUUGCUGUCUUAUAAUGCAAUUAAUUGUAUAAAAUAAUCCGUUCUACCUUUCAAUCUAAUCAUACUAUUUUGCGUUUUUUUU